GGGCUCAAUGCGUCUCCAAGUGCGCACGACCCGUCUGCAGCUGCAGCGCUCCGCAGCGCGCCUGCCACACACAUCUGGAUACUCGCGGAUCCUCAGGCGUCGCUCUUUGCUCGCCCCCCAACAGGUGGAUUAAAGCGACUCGUCAUAAACACCGGAACAACGAGUUCCAAACCAAAACGGAAGCACCAGAUGUGAUCUAACCGUGGAAACUUGCGUGGUGGAAGCUCAUUUUCGUCUCUAGGCUUUACCCCCCCCCCCCCCCCCCCCUUUUUUUUUUUUUUUGCGCGGUGAUCUGAAUGCGGCUUUUUGGACUUGCGUUUAGACCAAAUGGAUGUCAGAACAUUCCGGAUCAGGAUGUAAGAAGUACAGCCAAGUCUCCACGCAGAGGAUUCAUGAGUGGAAAAAUGCAGACUAGACAAGAAACGCAACAACAUGACGAGCUGCAAGGGUUCAAUGGACCAAAACACCAACAAACACGGUCCUCCUAUAGAUCCGCACUGCUGUUGCACAUCUGGGAUGGAACCGCAUGCUGAGAGUUGGGCUGGAACGUUUGUGUGCAGUUUUCCAAAGGAAAAACGCUGAUCUUUAAUGGUCGAAGUUCCAAUGAUCAACAAUCUAAAGUGCGGACUCACUCUCCCUGGCAGCCGCUGUAACAGACUUAGCAAGGUGCUGGUGAGCUGAAGCCUGGUGAGAUGUCACAGCUGUACUACAAGCGGACUGACAGCUCUUCAUACCGGGACCGCAUCCCGUUGAGAAUCGUCCGAUCGGAGUCGGAGUUAUCACCUUUGGAGAAGGCUUACCUUGGAGCUGUGGAGAAGGGGGACUACGCUAGUGUCAAACAAGCUCUGGAGGUGUGUGAAGCAGAAAUCUAUUUCAAGAUCAACAUCAACUGCAUAGAUCCCCUCGGCCGCACGGCGCUGCUCAUCGCCAUAGAGAACGAAAAUCUGGAAAUCAUUGAGCUCUUGUUGAGCUUCAACGUGUACGUUGGUGAUGCUCUGCUGCAUGCAAUACGCAAGGAAGUGGUUGGAGCCGUAGAACUGCUGCUGAAUCACAAGAAGCCCAGUGGAGGAAUGCAGGUCCCCCCGAUCUUAUUGGACAAGCAGUUUUCUGACUUCACCCCUGACAUCACUCCCAUCAUCCUCGCUGCACACACCAACAACUAUGAAAUUAUCAAGCUGCUGGUGCAGAAAGGUGUGUCCAUGCCACAGCCUCAUGAGGUGCGCUGCAACUGUGUGGAGUGUGUGUCAAGCUCAGACGUGGACAGCUUGCGGCACUCGCGCUCUCGCCUCAACAUCUACAAAGCACUGUCAAGCCCCUCACUAAUUGCACUCUCCAGCGAGGACCCCUUCCUCACCGCAUUCAGGCUCAGCUGGGAGCUUCAGGAGCUCAGCAAGGUGGAGAAUGAAUUUAAAUCAGAGUAUGAAGAGCUUUCUCAGCAGUGCAAACAGUUUGCUAAGGAUCUCCUGGACCAGACGAGGAGUUCCAGAGAGCUGGAAAUGAUCCUCAACUACAGAGAUGACACCAACUUAUUAGAAGAGGAGGGCAACAAUGAUCUUGCAAGGCUGAAAUUGGCCAUCAAGUACCACCAAAAAGAGUUUGUAGCUCAGCCCAACUGUCAGCAGCUCCUGGCGUCCAGGUGGUAUGAUGAGUUCCCGGGCUGGAGGCGGCGCCACUGGGCUGGAAAGUUCAUCACCUGUGUCUUCAUCGGCCUCCUCUAUCCCACGUUCGCCCUCUGUUACCUCAUCGCACCUAAAAGUCGCUACGGCCUCUUCAUCCGCAAGCCAUUCAUCAAGUUUAUCUGCCACACAGCUUCCUACUUGACCUUUCUGUUCCUGCUGCUUCUCGCCUCCCAGCACAUAGUCUCACCCGAGCAGGACAGGCAGGAUAGGCAGGGUCCGGCGCCAACCACUGUGGAGUGGAUGAUACUGCCGUGGGUGCUGGGAUUCAUCUGGGCAGAGAUCAAGCAGAUGUGGGACGGGGGUUUCCAGGACUACAUCCACGAUUGGUGGAACCUGAUGGACUUUGUCAUGAACUCUCUGUACUUGGCCACUAUAUCUCUGAAGAUCGUAGCCUACACUAAGUACAGUGGUACCAAACCCAGAAACCAGUGGGAAAUGUGGCAUCCUACCUUAGUUGCUGAGGCCGUGUUUGCAAUAGCAAACAUCUUCAGUUCCCUGCGCCUCAUCUCACUCUUCACAGCCAACUCUCAUCUGGGGCCGCUGCAGAUCUCACUCGGGAGGAUGCUGCUGGACAUCCUCAAGUUUCUCUUCAUUUACUGUUUGGUUCUUUUGGCCUUUGCAAAUGGGCUGAACCAGCUGUACUUUUACUAUGAGACGAAAGCUUCUGAGGAGAGAGGAAAAUGCAAGGGCAUCCGCUGCGUGGAACAGAAUAAUGCUUUCUCUACGUUAUUUGAGACUCUACAGUCUCUUUUCUGGUCAAUCUUUGGACUGAUCAGCCUCUAUGUGACCAACGUGGAUGCAGACCAUCAGUUCACCGAGUUCGUUGGAGCCACCAUGUUUGGGACUUACAACAUCAUCUCGCUGGUAGUGCUCCUCAACAUGCUCAUAGCCAUGAUGAACAACUCCUACCAGCACAUUGCUGACCACGCGGACAUCGAGUGGAAGUUCGCCCGGACGAAGCUGUGGAUGAGUUACUUUGAGGAAGGGGCAACUCUCCCAGCGCCUUUCAACAUUAUUCCCAGCCCCAAAUCCUUCUGGUACCUCAUGUGUUGGAUCAAGAGGCAAGUGUGUAAGAGGACACGGUCCAAGCGCCCGGAAUCCUUUGGGACUCUUGGAAGAAGAGCAGCAGAGAACCUGAGGAUAAAUCAUCAGUAUCAGGAGGUUUUAAGGAACCUGGUGAAACGUUAUGUUGCUGCGAUGAUCAGAGAUGCCAAGACAGAAGAAGGUCUGACUGAAGACAACUUCAAGGAGCUGAAGCAGGAUAUCUCCAGUUUCCGCUAUGAGGUGAUGGGCAUGAUGAAGACAGGGAAGCCCAUCCUACAAGGUGCCAUGGCCAGCUGCAGCUCAGUGGAAUCUAGUCUUGCUUACCCCAACGCCUCGCUCAAGCUCUCCCCCUGCCCUCCGAGGAGCCAAGUGAAAAGCAAACUGAACCGUUUCAAGAUCACCACGUCCAUCCUCAAGCAAACCAGUUCUUCAGCAUUGUCCCGGCCGCCCGAAGCAUCCAACGGUCUACCAAACGGACUCUUGGUCUCAGAUGAGAGCUGCAGUGAAAAUUCCAGCCAACGGAGCAACUUCUCCAAAGAAAUUAGCGACUUUGUUUUGUUCCAAAUACACCACCACGGCAGCAAGGAGGAUGCAUCGGGUGAGGUUUUAAGAGAGAUGUACUCUUUGUCUGAGGAGGCAGGGGAAUCUGGAGAAUCGGACGCAGAGGAACAAAGCAAACAGGUUACAGCUAGAGCUAAGAUUGAAAAAGAAUUACCGGAGAUUACUGAAGAGUCUCCAAAAAGUACAAAGAAGGAAAACAUCAGCUGUAGAUCUGAUGAACAUGGUGAACAACAAACAGCAGAAAAAGACAAAAAUCCACUCUGCACCGACUCUAAAGCGGAUCCUAGUUUAUCAGAGUCACACAGAGAUGAAGCAUAAGGUGUGAAGAUGCAUAUUCUAGAUUACAGGCUAAACUGUGCGAGACUGAAGGCGAGGAGACUGACAAUCGGCAAGAGGCCCAAACGUGGAAUAUUUUCUACAGACUCCAACUUUUCUGGUCAUUAUUAAAUUAUUAAUCAGCUCUAAUCUUUGGAGAUUCAGAGCAGCUUCUUUUUAUUUAAAUCAGCAGAUGAAAUGCAGCAAAGGUGACUGAAGCUCUGUGAGAGUCACGUGAGGAUUCAGAUUUCAGGAGAAGAUUGUUUCAUCUUAUCUCAUCCUCACAGAAGAUUAAAAAAUAACCGUUUCUUUACCUUCCUGUCUCACCCUUGUCCUCAGCUGGCUCAUGCAUUCCUGUUUGUUUUCUCCUUGGUCUAUCUGUCUACCUCUUCUCCUUUCCCAGUUUUCACACCACUUCAUCUCCCCCAUCUUUCUCACUAGAGCAAUAGAUGUGAUGUUUUCAACUUGACUUUUCUGCCUUACACUGUCUGUUUCUGCACUUUACACUAUUUAAAUGGCAUUCAGUCUCCACCUGCAACCAUCCUGUCAAAGUUUUCUAUGCAAAACCCUUGGAUUGUUAUUCUUAUCUUUCUCAAAUGCCCGACUGUACGUAUUUUUCAGGGAGGAACGUGAGAGGUUUCCUCUCAUGUGAGACAUAUAUUUUGAACAUUACAACACAUAGACACAGCUUAUAUCAACUAUAACCAACAUGUUCUUCAUGUCUUUAGCACUCCAGGAGAAAAGUAACUUACUAUUUUGAUUAGAUCUGUGGUUCCUAAGAUGUACUGUUAACUUAAAUGAAUUGAAUCCAUACAUCAGUAAACCUAAAAACUUGUCAAAUAAUUUACUUUUUGAAUUUUCUUCGAGUUUUAUUUGUGUUUGUGUGUUUUAAUGGGAUUUUUUGCAGAAAAUAUGAAGACAUUUUAUUUUUUUCUUCAACAAUCUUGUUAUGGAGGCGGAUCAAACUGAAGCACGACCUCUUGCAGCAUGCACUCAGUGUUUGUCAUUGGGUUUAUCAAUUUUCUGUGAGAUUCGCUUCAUGGUCAACAGAAAAAUAAAUGCACUGGCAAGUAUUGCCCACUAGA